UACGCUAGCAUCAACAUGUUUAAAAGACUAAAGGAUAAAAUUGCCGAGGAAGUGAAACAGUCGCCGCAGCGGUUUGACCAGAUAUCAAAAGGAUUGCAGGCCGCCGUUAGUUCUGCAUCCUCAACUACCUCCGAAGUUUCUGGCAGUGAAAACUUUUUCAGCAUUACGGAAGAUGAUACACCGCAAAAUUCACCCCAAAAGGGAAACUCGAGCACUCCCGUACAGCCAAACAAUAUCAUGGCCAACACAUCCGCCAGCAGCUCCGCACCAUCGAACAACAGCCUUAACAAUGGUGUAUCCCCAUCAACAUCGGUCACCAGUCCCGGUUCGGCAACGGGUAAUAGUUCUGCUACCAGUUCCCAACAGCGCACCCGUCGCCUGUCGAACUCAUCGAUGGCAAGCGAUGUGUCGUUCCGUCUUCCAGUGUACGAUUCGCCCGCAAUCUACCAUCUCGAGACGGAUGUGGACAUAUCGGCGAGCGAGACGGAAUCCGUAUCCGGUAGCGCUAACCCCAACCAGCUAGAUCUGGUAAGCAAAGACAAGCUGUUCCAGGCGUACAAAAAAGCUCUCGAUCGGUAUCAAAAGUAUCGGGAACGAUAUACCGAGCUGGCCCGUCGCUACCGUGAGCUCGAGAAGGAUAACACCAAGGCCCGGGCGGUGCUGGUCGAAACGCAGGAUAAAGCACUGCGUCGGAUGAGUGAAUUGCGCGAACAGUGUGUGCUCGAACAGCAGGCAAAAGCGCACCUCGAUUCGGCACUCCGAAUGGAAAUUGAUGAACUCCAAUGUGUGGUGAAAACGCUUCGCUCCAAGCUAGAGCUGGUCGGUGAGAAUGGGAAUGUAAGCGGCGGAGAAAAGGAUCUCAUCUCGCUAUCCGGUACGGAAGACGGAACCAAUGGGAACGAUGGGCAUGUUCCGGUGCGCGAUACCGGUCCGCUAGAGGAUCGCAUUAAAGCACUCGAGUCGAAACUAAACGAGGAACUACGUCAAAAAGCCGUCCUAAGUUUGGAAGUGAGCGAGCUGAAGAAACGGGAGGAGGAACACACGAUUACCAUUGCGGAAAACAAAAUGGCAAUUCAUUCCGAGCUCGAGGCUAAAGAGGCGGAAGUGCGUAAGCUUAAGGAACAGCUGGCAAGCUUGGAGAAGAACAUGAAACAGACGCUUCUCGAGAAGGAUGGGUUAGGAAAGGAGCUGUCAGAAGUGCGCAAGGUCGCGGGCAAGGUAAAAGAGCUCGAAAGUACGCUCAGUACGUGCAAUGAGCAGAAAAACAAGCUUGAAUCAAAGUUUAUCGAUUUCGAGCGUACAAUUAUGGAGCUGGAAAAAGACAAGCAACAGCUAAAGGCCACCAACCUAACGCUCGAUUAUGAGAAAGGUGAAUUGCAAAAGAAAGGAUCCGAAGUAGAAGCGAAGUUGUCCGCAUUGGAGAAGGAAAAGGAAAGUUUACUGGUGCAAGUGCAGGAGUUGCAGAAAACCGCUCAAUCGCUCGAUAAAAAGGCAGAGAUUGAUACGCUCCGGCAGGAGCUGGAACAGGCCCAAAAGCGCGAGACAGACUUGCAAUCUCAAGUGCAAGAGUUGGAGAAAACCGCUCAAUCGCUCGUUGAAAAGGCUGAAAUUGACAUACUCAAGGAGGAGCUGGAAGAGGCCAAAAAGCGCGUGGAGGAUUCCACUGUCAAAGUUGCCACAUUCGAAAAGCAAUUGAGCGCAAAGGAACGUGAUUUGGUCGAGCUUCAAUCGUCCCAACAGUCCCUCGAGCAGAAGGUAAAACAAACCGAAGAACGUCUGGCUGAACGGGAAAAGGAAAUUGAACGACUGCAGAAGCAACAAACAGAACAAACUACGAAAGAGCGUGAGGUAAGUGUGAAAAAGCUUCAAAAAGCGGAAGAAGAACUUGCUGCGUUCCGAAAAUCCCAGUCCCUCGAUCAGGAGAAAUUACUCGAGCUGACGAAUGCGUUGGACGCUGCCAAGGAGCUGCACGAUCGGGAUCGUAAGAGUAACGAGAGCAGCCUUAAGGAAUUGGCCGAACUGAACAAAGAUCUUUCCUCUCAGUUGGAUCAAUUGCGCGAGAAACAGGAGAAAAUGAACAGCAAGCAGAAAAAGAUUGCGGAAGAAAAGAAUGGGUUGCGUGCGACGAACGACGAUCUAUCGAAGGAACUAAAGCAAGUGCGCCAGGAGCUUAAACAACUCACCACCCAAAAACAAACGCUCGCCGAAGAAGUGCGCAAUCUGAAAAUAAUCAAUGAAAAUUCGGAAUCCGAAGCACUUCGCUCCCUGCAAGAAUCGAUGCGGGCUUCAAUGGCUGCGGCAGAAGCAAAGCUGCUGGAAACGACGCGCGAUUUGAAUCACGUGCUGGAGCUGAAAUCGGACGAAAACCGAAGGCUCGGUGAAGAACGGGACGAGUUGGUUGAGAAGCUCGAAACGGUUCACAGGGAGAAGGUGGACCUCGAGACGGAGAGUACCAAUUUGCGGUCAAAAAUCGAAACCAUCCGUGGAGAAAAACGUGAUCUGGAGAAAACGCUCGAGCGUGAAAUACGGGAAAAGACGGAACUGAAGGCACAGGUCGAAAACAUCCUCCAGGAAAUCGGUCGUCUGGAGGAUCAAUUGAAGGACAUUAAGGAAGCACAUUCCAAGCUGCAGGAGGAAAAGCAAACGCUCGAAGAGAAGAUCGAACGGUUGCAGCGCGAGCACUGCGAGGCACGGGUUAAGCUCGAAAAGGAUACACUGGGCAAGCUGCAAACGAAGGUGAAAGAUCACGAAACGAAGCUGCAGCAGGUGGAGUGUGAAAAUUCUCAGCUAGCCGAAAAGAACUGCUUACUCGAGGAAAGUAGCCGCAGGACGAACGAAGAGCUGAAAAAGCUCACCGCAGCGUUACGCGACGCGGAAGAACGCACCAAGGACGAGAAGGAAAAGAGUGGCCGAUUGGAGGAACAGCUCAGCCAGUGUACCGGCGAUCAUGCGCGGCUGUUCAACGAGAAGGAACUGCUCGACCAUCAGCAUCGUUCGCUGCAGGAUGCGCUGGAAGCGCGGGAAAAGGAGAAGCUGUGCGUGCUCGACACCAACAAAUGUCUCGAGGAAGAACUGACGAAGGUGCGCAGCGAGAACGACUACCUCAAGGGGAAGCACAACGAGCUGAAAGCGCUACUGGAAAGCGACAAACGAAGACUGAUGGAUCAGAACGAUGCCCUCCAGCGUCAGAUGGAGGAGCUGGCGAAGGAAAAACAGUCGCUCGGUCGUAACGCGACCGAUCUAGAGAAGCGGUUGGCCAGUUACGAGGAGGUCAAGAUCGAGAACGAAUAUCUAAACACGUUCAACAAACAGCUGCAGGGUGAGCUGCAGGAAGCGAAGGGACGUUUGUCCACGAAAGAAACGGAAUUGGCGACGGUACGCACGAAACAGUCGCAGACGGAAACGAUGCUGGAAGAGCGUGAUCAAGAAAUCACCAAGCUCAUCAACGAGUUUGUCGCAAAGGAAAAGAAACAGGAGGCGGAUCAGAAACAGCGGCUGGAUGAGCUAGAGCAGCGGCAUCGAUCCGAGCUGGACGGUGUGACGGAUCGCGUAAAACGCGAGUGUGAAGAAAGCUUUGCCGGUGAAAGAAGUGCUUUAAAGGACGCACAAGAAGCAUUAGAACGGCAGCUGCUGGAGGUACGCAAAGAAAAGGACACAUUGGAACAGAAGCACGAGGAAGAAUUGCGCCAAAAGGAGGACAUUGAAAAGGAACUACGGUUAGAGAAUGCAAACUUUGUCCGCGAUCUAGACGAGCUAAAGAACGAACUAAAUGCGGCAAUCGUCGAAAAGCUCGGUCAGGUGAAGGAGCACGAGCAAGCGCAGCAGAUGUUGGUAGCUGAAAAAGAACGGCUUGAAGCUGACAACGAUCAGUUGCGUACCCGGUUGGUUGAGUUUACCGCUGAAACGGAACAAAAUGUUUGUCGGUUUGAGGCGGAAAUAGAGCAGCUGAAGCGUGAUGCAUCUUCCUUUUCGUCGGGAGCGUCCGCUGGAGAGCAAACGGAAGGCGCAGAAGCGUCGGCUGAUAGCCAUCAGCAACAGUCGUACGAUGAGUUGCGGAAUAAGAAGGAAGAGCUAGAGAACAAGCUGAAAAAGAUUAUGCACGAAGUGCAGGACGUUUCCAACCGGAACCUAUUUCUGGAACAGAAGUGUGAAAACUAUCUAAUCUUGGAGCAGUCGAACGAGCGGCUAAAGCUUGCGAACGACAAAUUGUCCAGGCAGUUGGAUGAAACAUUGGUUUCCAUGCAUCACAAUGAAGGAAUUGCCGCCAACACGGAGUUCGAGUACUUAAGAAACAUUCUAUUCCAGUAUCUCAGUGGAAGCGUUACCGGAAACAACAGCACGCUAGUGAAGGUGAUAGCGGCCGUCCUGAAGUUUUCUCCACAGCAAACGCAGGUUGUCAUAGAAAAGGAGGCUCAUCGGAGAUCGUUGAUGGGACAGAUAAACAAUCUACUAUAGCAGGAAAAGACGAUGGCAAUGCAGCAGUCACAGAGCCAGUAUCAUCGCAAGAGUGGAUAUGGUUUUCAAUUUUUCUAGUGCG